CAGGUGAAAUCUUUCAAAAGUAUGUGAAAGACUAAAGUCAAAGUAAAUAUGGAUUUAGAAUAGUAGUUAUAUUUUACUAACCGAAAUACCGAAAAACACCGAACCGAACCGAAACCAACCCGAUAUUCGGAUUGAACACCCCUAAUCCAAAUGAAGCCAAACUAUUGUUUCAUUCUCUAAAAUAUAAUAAAAAUAAUAACUUAAUCCCGCGCAAGGCGCAGAUCUUAUCCUAGUAUUUUAGUAUUGGAAUAAAUUAAAAUAGACUUACAUUUCAGAAAAUCUAUGAGAAAAUGAAAAGCAAGUUGGGUCCAUGUCUAAUCUCUUCUUCCAUAUCGAAUAUGUUCUUGGUAAUAUACGUGUUAUAUCUUUGUAGUUUGUAUCACCGAAUGAUAUCUGUUAGGGCUGACCAGUGGCGGAUCUAGAAAAUAUUUUGAAUGGAGGCAAGAAAAUAAAAAUAGCAAAAUAACAUAAAUAACUGUGUAAAGGGAUUGGGGAAGAGUCGAUCCUUGGUUAAGUGGGGGCAACUAGUGGGCUUUAACCAACCUAGCUACAAAAUAUUCAUUGACUUUCAGUAUAAAUAAAUUUAUUUCUAAGCAUGUGUAAUGGCUCCCAUAAACAUUGGAGUUUAAGUUUCUAUUUGAAUGAAAUAUGGUGUUACAAAAAAAAAAAAAAAAAAAAAACUUUUAGUGGGGGAAGCUGCACCCAUGCUGGCCUAUGUAGGUUCGCCCAUGGGGCUGACUAUUUUCAGUUUCUCUUUCGGCAUAUUUCUGUUGAUGAAUGAAAACAAAAAUAUAUUUGAUUAUUGGAAGAGGAAAAAAAAUUAAUCUCGAUUUAGAUCGUUUUCAUUACUGAAAGUAUAAUAAGUAGGCAAUUUGAAGUCCUCAUACGUUAGAUGAUCGUACAAAGUCUAAUAAUUUAAAAUACAGAUACGUAGUGAUGAACCAAACCAUUAUUAGGGCAAAGUUCAUAUGGAGAUGUGAUCAUGUGAAAGAUAGAAUAUUAAAAUACAUCAACUUGAAGCAAGCAUAUGAAUCAUUUUCCUUUUAUAAUACGCAAAAGAAAAUAAGUUGUGGAUCUUGUGAUUCAUAUAGUGGAACGGUGAAACUGUGAAAUAGUUGAUUACACAAAACUAAAUGAAAACACGUGCAAUGAAGGAAAAAUAAUUGAUUAAUUCUCUGGGUGUCCGACAUCAACGUUUACUUAAUCUUACAGUAAGAUAUAAUAUCGUAUGAAUAAUGUAUGUAGUUGUAGUCAAGCUUAGGAGCUAGGGCAAAAAUGUCGAUGAGUAUUCAGUAAUCAUAUAUUAUUUUCUCCUUUCUUGUUCGAUCGAAUAAUCCAAACGUACAGAGGUAGCAUCUUCCUCUCGUGAUCUUCUCCAUCAUGUACGGCUUAAACGACACUGGCUCUUUCGUGGUCUUGCUAGUAUAAUUCCAUUUACCAUGUAUUUGAGAUUCUUUCUUUUAAUAAUUAAUAUAAAUUUCUUGAAAAUCGAAAACGAGAUAGAAUAUUUGUUGAUUGUGGUUCUUUUUCGGAAUAGCUCUCCAAUGUUCUUCAACCUUUUCCAUCGUUCUGUCAUUUCAAUAAUAUGUUUUUGCAUUAUAGUCCAAAAAAAUCGGAAAGCUUCCUAAAAACCCUAAAGUUUCAUUUUACAACGGCAUGUGUUUUAUUAUAUAGUGUGAUAGUGAAGACAAACAAAAUCAAACUGUAUCAGCCGACGAAUUUUUUUUUGAAUAAUGCUAAGUUAUUCACAUAUAAACAUGCAUGAAUGUGCUUUAAAUCUUUCAGAAAUAUAUCUUUGUAAGAAGAUUGAAACCAACUCCCUAUAUUUUUUUUGUAACACUUUUUUUUUUUUUUUGUAACACUAAACCAACUCCCUAUAACAAUUAAGAAUUAACAUAUAUAGUCACAGAACUAUACAUAUCUGGCUUCAAUCUGAUUCUUUUUUUACUAUAGACAAAUGGUAAUUUGAAUUUGAUCUCAUAUCAUAUGGAUGGAUACGUUUGUGUGUUGAUGUGGAGAAUAUGAAGAUUAGAUUAGGUAUCAAUCUGAACAAAAUCAGAAGUAUAAAGCAUUAGUUGAAAACAAUGUAGGGUUUCAACGAGCAUAUCAAGUAAAAUAAAAGGGCUUCCCGGAAAUAAAGAUCAUCUAUAUAUACCCAAUGACUUUCCUUACCAUACUCAAACCAUAUCUCCCCAUUACUUACACCAAUACACAGAAAACUGCUUACAUUAAUACACUUAAACGCACACAAACAUUCAUAUAUCAUCAAUGGAGAAGAUCUCAAAUUUGCUAGAAGACAAGCCAGUGGUGAUAUUCAGCAAAACUUCAUGCUGUAUGAGCCACACUAUCAAGUCACUAAUAUCUGGCUACGGUGCGAAUUCAACGGUAUAUGAACUAGAUGAGAUGUCUAAUGGACCGGAGAUCGAACGAGCACUGGUCGAGCUUGGAUGCAAACCGACCGUGCCAGCUGUCUUUAUAGGACAACAGCUCACAGGUGGUGCAAGUCAGCUUAUGUCUCUUCAAGUCAGGAACCAGCUAGGUUCGUUGCUCAGAAGAGCUGGUGCCAUAUGGAUUUAAGUGGCCUUAAUCGUAACUAAGCGCGUAAUGUUUAUACUUAUAUGUUUUUAGUAUAGCGUGUGAUCAGCGUUUGAAGCAUAAUAUAUAUAGUAAUUACAAGAAAACUAUUUAGCGUCAAUCUGAAUACAAGAGAAACAAAAUAAAAAAUAGCGAUUUGAUUCAACUUCGCUUGUGUUUUGAAUGCAAUCGCAGUUGUUAAGAAGUAAGAUUGUAUUUGCGUAAUAAAUAUUUACUCGAGUACAUUAUAGUUAAAUGGUAUCGAUCGGUUUAUUACUUUA